CGAUACUGAUAAUGGAUAAACUUGUAAACAAACCAUGUGUCGAAUGUAGAUCUCCUCAGUGAAUUUUACUUCAUAAUAAUUACAAAGUAUUAUUAUAGUCGGUGAAGCGACUGUUUAUUAGUCAAAAUGGUGUACACAAAGACGUGGGACGAAUUUGAAAAAACAGCCUCUAGUUUAUACCUCAGGAAUCCAAUGAAAAUUCGAUAUGUAAUGAAGUACAACCACAAUGAACAGUGUUUAGACCUGAGAAUAACUGACAAUGUAGUUUGUGUGCAGUACAAGACGCAGAUAAUGCAAGACAUUAAGAAGAUUGAAAAGUUUGUCAAUAAUUUGAUGAGGAAUAUGGUCUCUAAAGAAUGACAGUGAUGCAGCUACCCUUGCUGCUCGUGUACAUACUUUGAUUUUGUUCAAGCAUUGUAUAUUUGUAAAUAUUACCCCUGUAAUUAACUACAUAUCUCAUAAUUUUUUGUCAUUAACCUGCCUGAAAUGGAAAAAAAAAUUGUCAUCUUCGUUUUGCGAUCAAAGAGGGUUUAAAGGUCUGAAGUUGUUUUAUUGGUAUGAUGGUAUUGUAAGUUUCUGGGGUUGUGCAUUUUGCAAUUUUUUUUUUUUUUUUGUAAGUGGAGAGGUUUUUUUAAGGGGAAGCUGGUGUUCUACAAAAUGUGUCAUUAAAACCAUCAUGUAGAUUUGUAAUUUUACAUGAAUAAGUGAAUUUGUGAACCAUUUGUACCUAUUUUGUUUUCGUUAGGAGGAAUUUUUUUAUUUUUCUUCAUGAAUUCAUGUAUUUUUUUUUUUUUUCAAAUUUAAUAAAGUAUCCUCAUUAUGACUGCCUCAGCAAAA